AAAAUGAAACCUGCCACAAAAAGUCCAAACGGUCAUGGCAGCCAUUACAAGGAGGUGCGCUUUUCUCCGACCGCAACUCCCGUUCGUCGUGCGCAGUCCGUGUCGACCAGCAACCCCGCCUCGAAUCCAGAUUAUAUACGGGCGCUGGGCGCCAGUUUCGUCGAGCAUUCGCGGUCGCUCCUCGAUCGCCAGAGGAUGAAUUUUGAGACUGAGCGUGCGCUCUUCGCUGAAGAGAGGGAGUUGUGGGAAAAAGAGCGGACAUUGUUACGGUUGAGGAUUGUCGAGUUGGAGGAGUCGUUGCUGGAGAGAGGGGAUAGUCAUGAUCCCGCUUCUAAUACAUUAUCACCUCCACGCCUUUCUUCAUUUCCUCCUCGUCCGCUUGAUGCCCCUUUGUCUGAUUCAAGUCUCUCUCAUCCCCAAGUGUGGGAGGGCUCUAGCCCCGCGCUGCGACCCACUAGAGUGUUCAACGACGUUGAAAAGUCAGACACUCUCAGCCCUGGCCAGGUUCCCUCCCCUACGCAGCAAGGGGAAAAUCACCCGGCGUUGUCACUGGAUGCAGCCCUCUCGCCCCGGUCUCGUGCGGCUGAUAGCGUGCCGGUGCCGAUUGAAAAAUUGGAUAGCAAACUCGACGGCAUUACGCUCAGGUCCUCCGCAUUGCCGCCGGAGAUUGUAGCCCGUGUCAUGACACCGCCAUCUUCAUCGCCUCCAGAUAUCUCUUCAGCUCCAACCUCACACCGGCCAGCCCUUGAACACAAAGCUACCCUCAAGCUCAAGCUUUCCGAGCUAGGGCCACUUGACUGGAGACUGACAAGGGAUGCAGGCCACACCCCCAUGGCUGUCAUUGAUCCCUUGGAUCCCGCGACGGCCACUGAUCAAACUUCGCCAGGCGCGUUGGACGAGGAGGAUCCUAUCGCCCCUGUAGGGACUGAAGCUCAUCAGCCUGUCGAGAACUCUGAUUCAUACUUUCCUGAUCCUCCCGACGACCCGGCCCUCAAAGGGCCGCUCUCCUUGUUAAACGACGAAAAGCAUGACAGCGGGUUUUUGCAGGAGCUCGACCAGAAGCUCCUUAAUCAGGCCAAACAGGCCUUGUCCGUCACCACCGCCGUCCCUGAGGACGACCAUAAGGAAGGCACCGAGCCCCCUAGCCAAGGAGAGCCGGAGCUGAAGUUCAAAAAUACGACUAAUUUUGGGACUGCUUUUGGAAUAUCAAACUACAAUGGGAUCUAG